AUGGACGCGACGGAGCUCGGCCGCUGGACUCGUUUUGCCGCCAAGGGCGGAAUUGGCAGGUGUACAGCGUUACAAGAUUGUAUUGCGGAAGAGCCAGACGAACUUAUGUUUAUGACGGAUGAUGAAAUAACCGUCUUGAUGCAGUUCACAGACCGCGAAGACAUGUAUCUAGGUUACUGCGAGGGUGUCGUUGGCCGCUUCCGUGGCUCCGACGUACAUUUCCAUUCUCGUCUUAAAAAACCCAUUUUGACGAAACGAACGUCAUCUUCUGGUCUAGCACCCUCACGCAGUCGCCCCACUUCGUCUCAAAGUACGAUGACUCUCGUUGCCCGUGACACUGCAUCUCCUCCUGUCCCACUUCAUCCAUCGCCAGCGCCCACUCGUGCGUCAACACCUCGAAUGUCGCACAGCUAUUCUACUUCGUCGUCCAUGUUGACCGAAUCAUCAAGUACGAACCAGAUGUCUCGGUCUUUCUCUCUGGGUUCUGGAUCAACGUCAUCCUCCAAUCAGCCGGUAGAGGGAAAUAGCAUUCGCAUAAGAUCCACAAGCUACUCUUCAGUUGGCCAGUCCUCUAUCUCAACUGCGCUCGACUGUGCCCCUCUGACUCCGGCUCCUAUUGGACUGUCGGGGGGAGACCCCGUCGUCCAUGUAGUAAGUGUCUCCGGGCAGCUGUCUAGCCAGCAGGUUGGGGACACGGAUGUAGCCACUGUGGAUUCACAUAGUGAUUUGUUAACAACAUCGCCCCUGACAAUUAGCCCAUUGAAGAUUAGGAAACAGCUGUCCACAGCAGUUCUCAAGGACAGUGACGACUUAGGCUCACAGCAGAGCCAGGAAUCCUACUCAUUUGAUACUGAAGAUAGUUCGCAAAUCUCUUUUGCUGUGUCGGAUAGUAUUCAUGGCAUUGGACUAUCGCUAUUGCAGGAAUUACACGGGAAUGUGACCUCUGCAUCGACAAGCGGUCGUCCUGUCGAGCUCACCACACCCACAUCAAUCCCGGAUACUUCAUUCUCUACUGAAGUCGAUCCCCGUGAGCCUAUACCAGAAGAUCGUCCGGACGAAAGUAUGCGUUCCGACACUGCGUCCGUGUCUCAAUAUUCCGCUUCUCCGCAUAGCGUGCGUCAACCGUUAUCCGAAUUCCAUCCUCCAACACCCCAGUAUGCUCGCGACUCCGUUGUGUCUCGCAGCUCUUCUCAUCCAUCUUUGAUUGGUUCUGAGUAUGGAAGCGCAGAGUGGGAAGGUGCCUCAGAUAUAUACGACAACUACCGAUACUCACGCUUCUCCGUGGCGUCGAAGAUGUCAAGGUUAUCACAAACCUCCUUGGCUCCCAAUCGCCUCGAUGCGAAUGUCCCGCCGAUGCCCUCGGAACAUCAAAGUCCCAGAGCAAACGUUGACCUCAAGAGUGCGGGAUUGGGCGGUCAGAGGGGAGCAACAGCAGCGUCGCAUAUUAACGCUAAUGCAUCAUUUGUAGACACGAAGGCAGAAAAUAUUCUGCCAAAGGAUGUACAGCAAAUUUUACGUCGUCCAGACGCUGAUACUACUGAGCUCAUGCACCAGAAUGUCGCUUCGAAGAGUAUCAUCGAAGACAGGCCACCAUCUUUAGACCUUCUCGGUAACCGUGUACCUUCACCCCUGUUGCACACUUCGUUCGGCUCACCUCAAGAUGUGAUGACCCCGUUGUCUGCAAGGUCCACACUGUCGCCUUCUCUGCGUUCGCCCAAUAGCGCUCAAUUUUCACAGAAUGAAAAACAAGAUGACGAUGAGCCGUUGGAGGCCCCCAGUCUCUUAAUUCGACCGAGUAGGGAGUCGUUUGCCCAGAUUGAUACGAGCACGCGACUUUCUGGUCAAAACGUGGUAAUUGAAGAUGAGGAGGACGAGGAUUUUCUCCCGAGCCCAGGCUUUUCGCCAGUACCACUGCCUGCUUCACCGCUCCCUUCCUCAGGUCCCGUUAAGGAGCAAGUUCGAACGAGGAGUCCUAGUCCGGAGCCUGCCCCUCCUCCGUACUCCCCCGUCAACAUUGUUCCUGUCGAGCGGCAACCUUCCCGAGUCCCGCCAAAUCAAUCACUGCCAGCCGAAACACAGCCUUGUCAGCCUAGCACGUCCAUCCCUCAGUCUCGCCAGCCUGGCACGUCCAUCCCUCAGUCUCGCCAGUCUGGCACGUCCGUCCCUCAACCUCGCCAACCCAGCGCAUCUGUCACUCAGUCACACCAACCCGGCGCGUCUGCCCCUCAGUCUCGCCAGCCCGAGGCUUUCCCUCAGCGACGCCAGCCGAGCAGCAAUCCUCCCGCAGAUCCCAGUGCCCGCCAAAGUCUAUUUAUGCCACAUCCUCAUGCACCAAAACCCGCUGCGGUUCCUGCAGGACCGAUGUAUGGACGGCAGCCCCAAGGUGUCACGGGGGCUCCGUACCAUUCAGGUCCGCCUCCUGAAUCGGCUAUACAGAUGCUCAAUAUUGCAAGGGCAGCUGCAGAGAGGAGAGCGACGACAAUCUAUGGCCAUUUUGAAUAUGAUCUAGCCACAGCUCCAGGACCUGUUCCAGUUUCAUUUUCUCUGGAGCCACAGGUGAACGUACCAGCGAACAGACCGAUCAUGACGAAGGCACGAUCCUAUUCGCCUCGCCCAGCAUCCCCUGCGACUGGAUUUGGCGGUGGCGGAACUAUAUACACUGAUCGGCGAACAGAGUCUCCAGCGCCUCUGAGUCCUCUUGCAGGCCCGGAGCGGGCAGAUAGAGCAAUUCCGCGUCCCAACUUUUCACCGCAUGCUCCGGGUAUGCGACCAAGGUCCAGAUCCUUCUCGGGAUUUGAUGCACCAACACGGGAAAUUGCAUCUUCAUCGAGUUCUGGUGAGACACCUAUCACGAACUUGUCGUCUGUUGGCGUCAUCACGAAGAGGUCAAAGUCUGCCACCACCGCAUCAGUUGUCGUUGGGUCGCAGUUAUCUGUCCCAGCGCCGCAGCGUGCAACUGUCUCGCAUGCUGCAUCGGUGGUUCGCUCUGUCCAGAAACCGUCUCCGCUCUCAAUUUCUACCAAUAAUACCGUUGCUCCACCCUUAAUGUCCUCGUCACCUUUGUCUGCAGGUGGCGCGUUGGUUAUGCCUCAAUUUCCCAUCGCUGGCACUUCGUCGAAUCCCAGUACGCCGAUUGCGCGCAAUACUUCAUUCGACCAUACAAUCGCUACUCAACAAAACAGACAAUCACCUGAAACUGUACGACGGCCUUCUAAGAGUACAUUCAGAUCUGACAACUCAAAACCGAGCCCUCCGCCCUCUCCGCGUUCUCCCACCGCAUCGUCAUCCUCUCAUCAUGUACUUCGUCAUAGUCGAUCCUCCAUUUUAUCAACCUCGAGGACCGUAGCACAGGCUAUAUUGCCUCGACCACGAGUGCUGUCACAAGGCCGCCCAUCUACAGACAGUGAUGUGCGACUCUCUCCAGAGCUGUCUCACAAGUUUGUUGCAUCCACUCCAUUCUCUGACUCUCCAGAGCCAUUUGUUCGAACAGGGUCAUCACGUUCCAGAAUGUCCUCGUCCAUUUCGAGAACACAGAGCGGAGAGAGACCUCUGCACCCUGGUGACCGCAGCCCAGUAGCAAGUGUCUUCUCCCUCGAACCGCCACACGACCACACAACUGUUUCAGUGCAGGAUAUGGAUUUCGAGCUCGUGAGGCCAACUGUUCCUCAUUCGCCUCUUGCGGGGAGCAGCGUUGAUUCUCUGCCGUUGUCAAAUUCUAGCCCCGUGCCAGAGGCAGCUGUUCCGGCUACUACCAAGGCGAUUGCUCCUCCGAUCCGUCAGCCGUCUGCGGAACAGUUGCAGGGAGAUCGCCGACCUCCGCCAGACGUGGAAGCCCAUCGACAGCGGGAGCUCAAGUGGAUAUCGAUCAUGGCAUCUGUUCCCGCCUCGCAAUCAAGCAAAAGCAGGAGGGUGCGUAAAUUGCUCCAAGAGGGGGUUCCCGCCUCCGUUCGGUAUCUGGUCUGGGCACAUCUCACGGAUAGCAAAGCGAAACGCAUGGAUGGUCUUUACACUCGUCUAGGCCAACGCGAGAGGGUGGGGGCCAUCGCGGAGAUCGAGCGCGAUUCGCAGCAGAUCUUCCAAGAUCAACCGUUGCAGGAUCAGUCACUGGUGAACGUGCUGCAGGCGUAUUUGUCAAUGGUUCCGGACGUGCUGUACAACAGAGGCCUUGCUGUGAUUUCGGGUCAGCUUCUCCUCCAAUCGCCAGAAGAGGAUGCAUUUUGGACGUUUGUGUCACUUAUGAACUCUCAUCUCCGGCCGUAUUUUUCGCUUAACAGCUGCCAGCUGGAAGUUGAUGCAUCACUCUUCGCCAAGGUGCUAGAGGGAGUUGAUGGGGUUCUUGCCAAGAGAAUUUUUGUUGAUCUGGCUAUUCCGCCAACUGCUGUAUGCCGACCGUGGUUUACGACUGUAUUUGCCGACUGUUUUCCUAUGUCUUAUCUACAUCGAGUGUGGGACUUGUUUCUGUAUGAAGGAGUUACGUUCCUCUUCCGGGUCGGGCUUGCAGUAGCCUCAUGCUGUCGCCAAGCCCUCCUUAGGUGUAAAGGGUGCGAUGAGCUUCUCGCCAUCCUGGCUCGACCACCUCGCCGGUCGUUACCGCCAACACCGGAUAGUUUUCUUGAACUAGCAAUCGCGGCAAAGGUGAGAGACGAGGAUCUGCGCAAGCAACGGAGCAAGAUGGAGGCGCAGGUCAAGCGUCAGACACAGAGCCGAUCCUCGCUGUCUUCCGCCGGGCAUCGCGGUUCGAACCCACCGAUAUCGCUCCCUCGAAGCUGA